GACAUCCCCUCACGAACCGCUCCGUCAUGCUGCAAGGCCAUUGGUCGGCCUUUGGAUCAAUCACACCAUAAUCUGGUUCAGGGUAGGUUGGUACGGGCGCCAGCGCCGAAGAAAGAGCACUACGUUUUAAACGCCCAGGGAGGAUUCCGCAAUUACCGCGUUUCGCUUUUUUUGCCCUUCGUCUUCCUCCCCGUGCAAUAUGACGUUGUCAUGAGGAAUGCAGCAGUUUACCUGCAAUCGCUGUGACAGCCCGGAGAUAAACAUCCACUAAGCACUUUUGCCAUAGUGAAGCAUCGGCUUCGGCUUCUGACGGAUUGAAAUUCUGCGAUGCGGUUUGGAAUUUUUCUUUUCUUCUAAUAGUAGCCAGAUCUUCGCCCGUGGAGCAGCAGUGGAUGUUUGAAGAGUGCUUAUGAGUAUGUAGGGUGUGUGUUACUACGCUUCUUGAAAAGCAUAGAUAUUCACAGUUUUGGUCCUGAGCUUUUUGUUGAGUAGAUUGGACAUCAGCAUCCAAAGGUUUCUACCUACUUCGAGGACUUUGUUGUGGCUUUCGGACUGCGCGCAAACAUGGGAUUGCCUGCUUUGGAGUUCAGCGACUGCUAUCUGGACAGCCCACAGUUCCGAGACAGGCUGAAAUCGCACGAACUGGAACUGGACAAGACCAAUAAGUUUAUCAAGGAGCUUAUCAAGGAUGGGAAGGCGUUAAUCCAGGCACUGAAAAGUUUGUCCACAGCUAAGAGGAAAUUUGCUGAGUCUCUGAAUGAGUUCAAGUUCCAGUGCAUUGGAGACGCUGAGACAGACGAUGAAAUCUGCAUUGCUAAGUCACUUCAGGAGUUUGCCGGAGUGCUACAAAACCUGGAGGAUGAAAGGACACGCAUGAUCGAGAACGCCAACGAUGUGCUCAUCACACCACUGGAGAGGUUCCGCAAGGAGCAAAUUAGUGCUGCUAAGGAGGCCAGGAAGAAGUAUGACAAGGAGACAGAGAAGUAUUGUGCUGUGCUGGAGAAACACCUCAGUCUCUCGGCUAAGAAGAAGGAAGCCCAUCUACACGAGGCUGAUAACCAGGUGGACCAUGUGAGGCAGCACUUCUACGAGGUGUCCCUGGAGUACGUCUUCAAGGUACAGGAGGUGCAGGAGCGCAAGAUGUUCGACUUUGUGGAACCAUUGCUGGCGUUUCUGCAGGGUCUGUUCACAUACUAUCACCACGGUUACGAGCUGGCCAAAGAUUUCAACCACUUCAAGACCAACCUGACCAUCAGCAUCCAGAAUACGCGGAACCGUUUUGAGAGCACGCGCUCGGAGGUGGAGUGUCUGAUGAGGAAGAUGAAGGAGAACCCUCACGAGCACAAGAGCAUCAGCCAGCACACCAUGGAGGGAUACCUCUUCGUACAGGAGAAACGUUCCUUUGUGUCCACAUGGGUGAAGUACUACUGCACAUAUCACCGCGAGCCCAAGCGCGUAACCAUGGUGCUGUUCGACCAGAAGUCUGGUGGCAAAAUAGGGGAGGAGGAGAGCUUCGUUCUGAAGUCGUGCAUUCGGAGGAAAACGGACUCUAUUGAGAAGCGCUUCUGUUUCGAUGUGGAGGCGGUGGACCGGCCUGGUGUGAUCACUAUGCAGGCUCUGUCUGAGGAGGAUCGCAGGCUGUGGAUGGAGGCCAUGGACGGCAGGGAACCGGUGUACAACAUGAAUAAAGACAGUCAGAAUGAAGCCUUGGCUCAGCUAGAUGUGACUGGCUUCAACAUUGUCAAGAAGUUCAUCUAUGCAGUGGAGACCAGAGGCAUUGAAGAGCAAGGCCUGUACCGGAUCGUGGGCGUGAACUCUAGAGUGCAGAAGCUCAUAAGUCUUGCCAUGGAUCCCAAGACGUGUGCUGAUGUGGAACUAGAGAGUACAGAAUGGGAGAUUAAGACCAUCACCAGCGCUAUCAAACAUUACCUCAGGAUGCUCCCGGCUCCACUGAUGACAUACCAGUACCAGAGGAGCUUCAUCAAGGCAGCCAAGCUGGACAACCCAGAGGCUCGUGUGUCGGAGAUCCACAGCCUAGUGCACCGGCUGCCGGAGAAGAAUCGGCAGAUGUUGGAGCUGCUCAUGAAGCACUUGAACAACGUGGCCAAUCACCACCAGCAGAACCUAAUGACGGUGGCCAACCUGGGCGUGGUGUUCGGCCCCACCCUGCUGCGGCCGCAGGAGGAGACGGUAGCGGCCAUCAUGGACAUCAAGUUCCAGAACAUCGUGGUGGAAAUUCUAAUCGAGAACCACGAGAAGAUCUUCAGAGAGUCGCCAGCCUCAUCAGGAGGAAGUGGAGGUAGUGUCGGGGGUGGGGUCAGUGUGAAUGACCACGCCCUCAGGAGGCGGAGCACAGAGAGCAGGGGGCCGUCCUGCAGUGAGAGACCCCUCAUGCUCUUCCACACACCCAGCAACGCACACGACAGAGCUGAGAAGCGAGGGAGUGUGGUGCUGAACUCUGAGAGCCAUGGUACUCCCUUGUCGUCGGGCAACUGUAACAGCUCGCACCCCAGCCCUCUGACCAUCCCACACCAGAGCACACCCACGCCCACGCCCACGUCCACUCAAACGCCCACCCCCAUCUGGACCAGACUCAACAGCGCCCCCAGUGGAGAGCCUGACCCUGACGGAGUGGUGCUCACCCGCCAGAACCGACCCAACUCACUGUUUAGUUCCAAGAAUCGUGCAAGUGUUCCAACAAGUCCGGUAUCCCCGAGCCCCACCUCUCCCCGCUCCCCCUCUUGGCCGAUGUUCUCAGCCCCCUCCAGUCCUCUGCCAACCUCCUCAUCUUCAGACUCCUCCCCUCUCAGUACUCAGCGAAAGGCGCGAGCCCUCUAUGCCUGUAAAGCAGAACAUGACUCUGAGCUCUCCUUUAUCGCUGGGACCAUCUUUGAGAAUGUCCAUCCUUCACGGGAACCUGGAUGGCUCGAGGGAACGCUAGAUGGGCGGACGGGCCUGAUCCCCGAGAACUAUGUGGAGUUCCUGUAGCCAUGGAAACAGGAGAGGAUGGACGGCGACAGCGUUGCACUGCAUAGCACAAACCCCGGAGUGCGAGCGAGGCAUGGAGAGAGGAAACUUCUCUGUCUCUCCCAUCCUGCCCCUGCACACACAUCUCUGAAAAUACCAUCCCCUCUACCCCUCUAUCCAUCCAUUCGUCCACUCAUCCCUCCAUCCUCUCCACCCACAUCCCUUCCCAUUGGAGGUUAAUCAAGGACUCGAUGUGUGUGUGUGUGUGUGUGUGCGUGUGUGUUUAGUUAGUGCUACAGUGAAGUAGGGAAUGAGAAAAAAAAAGUGAGUGUGUUUGUGCGUAUGAUCGUAUAUUUGUAUAUUUGGGAGAUUUGGGUAGUUUAAUUUGCAUUGUGUUAUGGCUUCAUCAUUCCAUUUUUUCUUCAUUUCUUCAAAAAUGCACUGCUGUUGCUUUGAGUGUCAUGGGGUGUUAUUGACUUCUUUUUUUGAAUGACCACUUUAAAGGGAAAACGCAAGACUUAUUUUAUUUUAUUUUUUGGGACCAAAUUUUCAGCUGUUCUUCCCUUAUGGUAGAUACAUCUCUGGAGUAGUAAUUGAUCUCUAAGCAGCAGUUCUUGACAAAGUGAUGGAACGAUCACGCCAUUCGCGAAAGAAAGAUAGAAAGAAGGAAAGACAGAAAGAAAGAAAGAAAGAAAGAAAGAAAGAAUGAAAGAAAGAAUGAAAGAAAGAAAGAAAGAAAGAAAGAAAGAAUUAAAGAAAUAAUGAAAGAAAGAACGAAAAGCAAGAAGAGGAGGUGAGGCGAGUCGAGUCGAAGCGAGGCAAGGCGGGUGUUCCAAGUGGAGCCUGCUGUGACUGGGAUUUUCCCCUGGACGAGACACUACAUGCCAGCUGCUCUCUCAGCUCGGCGCAUGGAAGUAGUCUUCAUCUCUCUCUCUCUCUCUCUCUCUCUCUCUCUCUCUCUCUCUCUCUCUCUCUCUCAGAACUACUGAGGUAAAUCUUUGUGAGCAUAUUCUUCAAUCCUGGAAAGAAAAAAAGGGAGGUGGCCUGUUUCUGAGCGAUUAUAUCAUAUCGAUAUAUAUAUAUAUAUAUAAAUAUAUGAUUAAGGAGAGGCUUUCAAUGAUCAUUGUUUUUUUUGUGCUUUUUCAUAAAUAGGAAUAUCAAAAAGGGGACAAUUGUGAAAAAAACAUGUUAAAUGUGAAUAUACUUCUUUAGUUGUACUGAAGAAGUUAACUAUUUAUAAUCUUCUCUCAAAUGAGAUCCUGGACUGUAUCUUUCCCCCCUGUACUUGGAGUGUAUUAACCUUGUAAAUAAUAUUUGAUAAGGUAUAAUUUUUUAAGUAUGAAAUUUAUAUUUUGUAUUGUAGCAUACUAACUUAAUUUUUUUAGCAUCCAAGUUGCUUCCUCAUUUUCUGUCCUAUUUUGAGCCUUAAUACUUUUAGAUCAGAUGAUAUCUGUACAGGAAUUGUGAGCCCGAUGGGCACUCUGCUUCCCAUUAAAGACCAGAGGUUAAAUUAGUAGUCAAUGGUUUGCCUCCAUUUGUUUUUUUGGUUCUAUGUUCUAUGUUCUCUUGCCCCCCUAACAUGAAAUCAUACACUUAAUCGUGACAAUGCACUGUAAAUGCAUAAAUUCUUUUCACGAUUCUUGGAAUUUCAGUCCUCUGCUUAAAAGCGAUUUUCAACAUCAAACACAUUAUGAAUAGCACAUUUACAUAACCUGGUUAAAUAAAUGAUUCGUAUAACACAAUAUACUAUGGG